AUGGUGAGCGGUACCGGGACGGGCGAGGCCGUGAAGGCGCUGCUGCGGCGGCUCCAGGCGCUCCAGGGCGAGCGGGCCGAGGCGUACCGGCUCUUCGAGGAGGGCCACCGGGCGUACCUGAGCAGCGCACCCCACUAUGACUUCCCCCGUUACCGGCAGCUGGUCCACGAGAUCACGCUGGCCUUCAGCGGCAUCUCCCGGGAGGUGCUGCGCAUCGCCGGGCGGCUGCGGGAUGAUCUCGCCCGCCCGGACCUGGCCCAGCACCUCGCCCGCCUCCAGGAGCGGGAGAAGGAGAAGCUGCAGCUGACGGCGCAGCUUCAGCUGGCCCGGCAGCAGGCGCAGGACCAGCCCGACGUGGAUGCCCAUCAUCAGGAGGUGCGGGAGCUCAAGCACAAGCUAAUUAAAACCAUUGAGGCAAUCAGCGAAAUUCUCCAGGACCUCAAGUACGAUUCGGAAGAAGUCGAGUGACGGGUGUCCCCGUGGGAAUGGCUGGAGGGGCCAGCCAGUGGAACAGGGGCCCCACUCGCCCCCCCCGGCCCGGCCCCCACCCGCUCCUGGUGCAGCACCCUGGGCACCCAGCAAGGUGGGCAUCUUCCCCUCGACCCCUUUUCUUGAGCACAGGCUGGAAGGGGUGGAGAACCCCCCCCGGGGAGAAGUGGGGUCCCCCUAAAUCCUGAGCAUCCCUCAGCAAGAGGGGUCCAGCGUGGCGCUGGUUCCCCUCCCCAGCUCUACCGGCCGUGCCAGAGCUUUGCCCAAGGAAAACCACAACCUGCAGUGCCAAGGGGCUGCCUUGCUUUGACCCCCAGCAAGCCGGGCACUGCCUUUGCUGGCUGGAGCCCCGCAGGCAGCAGCCCCCCCAAACCCACCUCUCAGAGAUCAGCUGUGCCCCCAGCCCCAUGACAGCUCUGGUGCCCCACAAGUGCCCUUUCUAUGUUCAUCCAAAAUAAACCUGUCCCCA